CGCGAUCCUCUUCAUAAUUGGUUCCGUCAACCAGACGAGGUUUCUGCGCAAAUAGCGGCACGUAUUUCGCGAUUUGCGGAACAGAUGAGUAGCAGAGUGAAAUGGUCUGUACUGAUUGAGCCUGGCAAAUUCAACUGUCACUUAAUGCAAAUCACCGCAGAGUUUAAACGAUUGGAAUCAUUCUUUUCCGUCAACGAACUUACUCCAGAGGAAGCUGCACAGACCGCAUUCAAUGCGAACUAUCUCACAAAAGCGAGAAGUAAAUGUGAGGUUCAUUAG